AUGUCUGCUGCUAUAGUAGACAUAUUUGACAUUUUAGAUAUACACUGUAAAACUGAAGAAUUUUAUCCUAAAAUUUCUGAACUUUAUUAUACUUUACCUUCUAAAAAGUAUCCAAUUCCUGAUAACCUUUCUAUAAAAACUACAUGGGGACGCAGAAAUAAUCAGCAAACAGUUCAAU